GCUGCAUUAAGAAGAAAGAAGCAGAAGUUGCCGCUGCCUCCCACCUCGCCGUCAGCGCUCUGCGUCGGGUUCCGACCGCAGAUGGCGUGGUCCAAGGAAGGGGUCGUUACUGUCAUAGGCUGCUGCUGCGUGGUGAACACAAUCAGUGUUCUUGUCUACGUCUUCGGCAGCUACCGAAAAAUACACAGGAAAGGUGUUUACUACGAUGUAGCCUUUGGCAUCGAGACCUCGCUGAACCUGCUCUCCGACUUCACGAUGAUCGGCACUCUCCAAAACAACGCGGAUGUGCUGAGAAUGCUCAGCGUCUUCCUUAUUUGGAACACAGGGUCGACCCUGUUUUGCUACGUGGGACACAUAGCUGCUUCCAAGUUCUCGUCGAAAUACGAACGCAUUGAAAAGCUGGACGCGGAUAUCGAUGAAGAUUCUUAUCGCAUAGCGUCGUUUAUUCAUGACAUCAUUAUGUACACAGUGAUUGCAUUGGUAAAGGUAGUCAACACGAUCUGCGUUUUCGUCUACGUCUUCGGCAGUUACCGCAGAAUACACAACAAAGGUGCCUACUACGACGUCGCCUUCGGCGUCGAGACUUCGCUGAACCUGAUCUCCGACUUUGCGAUGAUCGGCGCUCUGGAAAACGACGCCAUACCUGAGAGCAAAGUGAUACCCACCGCGGACAUGCUUGAAACAAUGAGCGGCUUCCUUAUGUGGAACGUAGUGUCGACCCUGUUCUGCUACGUGGGACACAUAGCUGCAUCCGAGUUCUCGUCGAGAUACGAACGCAUUGAAAAGCUCGACCCGGGUACCGAUGAAGAUUCUUAUCGCACAUCGACGCUUAUCAAUGGCGUCAUUAUGCACACAGUGAUUGCGAUAAUAAAGUCAUACGUGCUGUAUGGCAUCUACACCUUCUACAGGGAGUGCAAACGAACCGGUAUCGUGCCCACAGACAUGCAGGGGGCCAUGUUCGUCAACUCUCCCGGAGGAGGCACAGCGGGAGGCCAGGAGCCCGUCGUCAUCAUAAUCAGGCAAUCGUCGGCUACGGCGGUGGACCCCGGUACCGGUGGGAGGUCGUUGACCCCUCAUAAGGAGGUCAUCCAGCUCUCCGGUUCGCGUGCACCUUUGUCCGGGACUUCGGCGGCGCUGAAGAAAGGCGCAGAGGUGGCACAACUUCCGACCGAAGGGAAGAAGGGGCCGUCGGAAGAAAAACCGCUCAAGGCGUCGUCCAAAGAGACCUUAUUCGGAAGUACCCGCAGCCAGUCGCAUCACUCCUUCCAGGUCCCGGAAGCGGUGUUUCCCGCACUCCGUCCGCAGGACGGGGCAGUUCCCGGACCCAGUAAGCCACGGCGCGGUUCGUUACGUUAAAAAUAGGAUCGUUCGCGGCCGCGCAGUGAUCGCGCCAUUAGAAUCUAGGAAUGACUGCACCGUCGCCAAGCGAAUGCGAUGGCAACUGAACUUCAUUACAGCGAUUAGCUUUUUUCUUCCUCCACACAAUUAGAAGCAAUAAAAUAUAUUCUGUCGAUUUCC